GGGCAACCCAAACCUCGGGGCCGGCCCGAGAUGGAAUGAGUAGGAGAGGAAGAAGAACUAUCCAUGAAUUUGGUUAGGGGAGAGAGAGGAGAUGACUUUGAUGAUGGAGAGAGUAGGACAUAAAUGAAGAUGUGACCUCCUAAAAUGACAUAAAUGAAGAUGGAGGGCAUAUAAACAAGUUUAAAUAGCCGUCAAGUACUGGAUAAAAUAUUUUAGCUCCACGUCAACUGAGGCCUCAACAACUCGCUGGCAAAGAGAGAUCCAGCCCCAUUGGCUGAACUCCAAACGGGGACUACGUCAAAAAUUCCAACUCCCAACUGAACGAGUCUGGUGCACUCAUCUGCGGUGAGAAUAGAACAUGGAACAGUCAUGAAGCUGGUCGUAACUUUUUACCCUAUCAACGGUCCAACCUAAGGCUAUUGACACUUUCCUUAAUGACUCCUGACAUGCUGCUUGCCCAGUCAAUGAAGAUUUCAUUCAAAGAGUAAACUGCUUCAAAUGUUAUGCCAUCUCCUCCUAUAUAUAGGACGCUAACUAACUCCCCAUAUCAUCAAACCCACUACAAAAUUUCAUAUCCAAAUCCAAGAACAACUUCAAGCUAAUUUAUCCAAAUCAUAACCAGCAUAAGCAGCAAAAACUCUGAGAUGGCAAGUCUACAAGCACAGCAUGUGUUAUCUCUAACAUCAACAUCACUCUCAUAUCGCCCAAGGUUUCGAGCUAGUGUCCAUGUGCCAAUCAACCGGAGCAAGACAAGUACUAUCCCUAAGCUUCCAGCUUUGAUUAGUGUGAAGGAUUUACUCCCGACAGAGCAAAGCACAACAAAGGACUCCACCUUAUCACAAACCCAUAGAUCUCAUAAAGACGAAGCUCUGAUCUCCAAGCUUUAUGCCAUCACUGAAGCUGUGGCAGACAGAGCUGAGAAGCAUGCUAUAGUUGGACAACAGCGAAACGAUUGGAAUUCUUUGCUCCUCAACUCCAUCAACUCCAUUUCUUUAGCCGCCACACUCAUGGCUGCCAUUUCAUCAAUUCCUAUUGCACCAUCGGCGCAUCUCAAUCACUCAUCUACCAUCCUCUUCGCAGCAGCCACAGGGAUGAUGCUGUUAGUCAACAAACUCCAGCCAUCACAGCUUGCAGAAGAACAAAGGAAGGCAACACAGUUGUUCAAACAACUGGAAAGAUCCAUACAAACUACCAUCGCUCUUGGAUCUCCUACUGAAUUGGAUGUUGCAGAGACAAUGGAGAAAGUUCUCGCAAUCGACAAGGCUUAUCCACUUCCUCUACUCCCAUUGCUCGAGAAAUUCCCCAAGAAAGUAGAGCCUGCAGUGUGGUGGCCAAAGCUACAACCACGAAGCCAACGCACAAAGAGAAGCAUGAACAACGGUUGGAGCAACGAGCUAGAAGAGGAAAUGAUGGGUGUUCUUCGAGUAAUGAAGAUGAAAGAUGAGGAGCAAUACCUGGAAGUUGGCGAGUUGGUUUUGAAGAUUAGUAAGGCAUUGGCAAUCUCAGGUCCUGUACUUUCUGGCCUAGCUACAGUUGGAGCUGCUAUGAUAAAUCCCUCUCAAGCUCAUGGGUCAUGGCCAGUGUUAUUUGCUGUCAUAGGAGGAUCUCUGGCAACCAUAGUGAAUACAUUGGAGCAUGGAGGGCAGAUGGGGAUGGUGUUCGAACUGUUCCGCAACUGUGCUGGAUAUUAUAAACACUUGGAAGAGGAGAUAGAGAACAAUUUAAACGAGAGUGAAUGGGAAAAUAGGGAGGAUGGAGAGUUGUUUCGAAUGAAGAUGGCUCUGCAACUUGGGAGAAGCCUUUCUGAGCUGAAGGGUCUUGCUCCAUAUGCUUAUCCUUCAUGUCCAGAUGAAGAUGUAGAAGGGUUUGCAGGGAAGCUGUUCUGAUCAUACUGACUUUUCCUGCAAACAACUUAGAUACAAGAUUGUCUUGUGUAGUCAGAAGAACCUAACCAACUGUGCAUAUAUGAUAUAUUGAUUCAUAAUAUAUAGAAUACAUCGAUUGUGAUGUCAAUACGUUUGUAUAUACUGAAACUAAAGAAUAACUUUCCCAAAA